AAAAAACAAAACAAAACAAAAAAUGAAAAACAAGAUAUCAAAGAAUCACCAAAUCAAUCAAUCAAAGUCCGAUGUACAGUGCAAGAAGCACCUGAAACACAGGCAAUCACCGGGUGUUUGCUCGGUUUGUUUGUCAGAGAGACUCUCUCAGUUAUCUUCACCAAGUUCACGUACUAACACCACCACCAUGGCUUCUUCUUGUUCUUCUUUAUCUUCUUCCCAUCACUCUUCUGAGUCAUCUCCAGUAUAUAGUGUAUACAGUUUGGCUUCGGAGGCAAAAAAGUCCAUCACCAUGUCUUUCUUGAGGAGUGCCAAAAAUGUGCUUACAAAAAGUAAAUCCAUGGCUUCUGUUGCUCGAGCUCAAAGAGGAGAGGUUAGAGAUGGGAAGAAGAAAAGUGGGUUUUGGUCGAAGUUGCUUCGUUCCAGAAGCAAGAAGAUCAAUGAGGGUGUGGUACACUCGAAGACAACAAAGGUCCAUCGGUGGAGAUUUCAUCGGUGAUGAAACUUAAGGAGAGGUUUUAAUCCAAUCUUCAUAAGUUGGAAGUGACAGGGCAGGGCUUGGAGUGGAUGCAGGGUACUUUGUCUAACUCUGACAAUAUAAAUAAAUAAAAACUUCAAUAUGUGUUUUAAAUAAAAUAAAUAUUUAGGUAUCAUUUUAUUUUAUUAUGUUCUGUUAUUAAUAUGUUAAAUUUAAAAUUAACCUUUAGUAAUAGUAGCGAUGUCUAACCUCUUGGUAUCGGAGUUCAGCCGUGACACUUUUUUUUUUUUUUUUUUUUUUGGUUUAACGUGUAGUAGCUAGGUUUUUAUGAUAGACACCAAAAGAAAGAACGAAUGAAUUGAGAAAGAUAUGCAACAUUUUAGGUUGUGUAUUGAUAUGCUCAUGCAUUGGCUAGUUUUUCAUGGGAUUGUGAAAAAAUAAAAAUAAAAAAUGUUUUGUUUAGUAUAAUUCUUUUAGUGAAAUGUUGAUAACAAUUAACUAUAUGUUAUUAUUAUUAUUUUUUUAUAACUAUGUGUCUGCGUUAGUUUAUGUAUAUCUUAACUAAUUUUCUAGUACUGUGAAGUUAACUAACAAUAUAUUAUCAGUAGGGUCUUUCUAUAUCUAUCUAUUCUAAUAAUGUUAGAACAAUUAUUUGAU